CCACAGACACGUGACGUCACGCCCUGCAUGACUCGAUGGGAUCAUGAGCUGGAAAGUGACAAACAAGGAUUUCGGGACCUUUGAGUAGAUCGAUAGUCUGUUAGGCUGAGGCAGUUAGACAGAGAAACUAGGUUUUAUAUUGAAUUAAAGAGAAAAACAAAGUCUAAGUCAUCAUGGCGUCUCUGUUUAAAAAGAAGACAGUCGACGAUAUCAUUAAAGAGCAGUCCAAAGAGCUGAGAGGCACCCAGAGACAAAUCACCAGAGACAGAGCUGCCCUGGAGAGACAGGAGAGGCAAAUGGAAAUGGAAAUCAAAAAAAUGGCCAAGACUGGAAACAGAGAAGCCUGCAAGAUACUAGCCAAACAGCUCGUACAGCUUAGGAAACAGAAGAACCGAACCUACGCCGUAAGCUCUAAGGUCACAUCCAUGUCCACGCAGACGAAAGUCAUGAACUCUCAGAUGAAGAUGGCUGGAGCCAUGUCUACCACAGCGAAGACUAUGCAGACUGUCAAUAAAAGAAUGGACCCCAAGAAGACGCUACAGACGAUGCAGGACUUCCAAAAGGAGAACUUGAAAAUGGGAAUGACGGAGGACAUGCUCAAUGAUACACUGGAUGAGAUUUUUGAUGAAUCAGGCGACGAGGAAGAAUGCCAGGACAUCGUGAACCAGGUGCUUGAUGAGAUCGGCAUAGAGAUCGCAGGAAAGAUGGUAAGAGCCCCGUCAGCAGGAAAGAUCCUCCCUGGCGCCUCCCCAGCAAAGUCUAAAGCUGCCACCAUUUCAGACGCUGAGAUCGAGAGACAGCUGAAGGCUCUGGGAAUGGACUAAAUCUCUUCACCCUCCACACCUGUGCACCCACUGCCACCAAAAGACUGAGUUCAUAGUGGGAACAGGGAGUGUCCAAGUAAUAAAUGAAGGAAAACUCUCAACAAACAUACUCUUGUUAGAGUAUCGCAAUGAGUCACUGGAGUGGAUUCAUUGGUCAGUUAUAUACAGCAGAUCACAGUCUAGAUGUUUUGACAAAAUGCGCACUCAAACUGACAUGCUCUCUAAUUCUGCUGCACAUAGUGUAGGGUUUAAAGGUGAAGUAUCUAAUUUUUGCACCACUAGUGGCUCCAAAUGGAAUUGCACUGUUUUGUUUUGAGCAGCAUGACUGGCACAACAUCAUCUCAACCAAUAGUGUGAGCUUGGGGCGGGGCUAUCUGUUUGAGCAUCCAAUGGCAGAUUAAGGGGAGGGUUUGAAAAAUCAAUAGGUGUGUUCAACUUGAAGCGACGCUGUGCAGACCGACCGGUGUAUGACAUGAAAGUACUGCGAGAGCUAUUAGAGAGCAGACGGCUCCUUAUGCGUUUAAAUUGCUCUCGCGGUACUUUAAUGUCAUACACCAAUCGGUCGAAGCACACCUAAUGGCUGUAUUCAAAAUCAUAUACUUCACCAAGUAGUAGCCGCAAAAACAGUAUGUGAAAGGAGUAGUAUGUCCGAAGUGUUCAUGAAACAGUAGCCGGAAAGUACUCUGAUGACCUACUACUUCCUUCUUUCCUACUAUUUCUAUGUCCGAAAUCGCACACUGUAUAGUAGGUACUAUGUUUGGUUUGAAAAUAUAGCCUCAUUUCCACCAAAAUAUCCCAGAACAGUUUGUCCCAGGAACUGUUUUUCCCCCAGACCUGUUGCUGUCUGGCUUUCCAUCACGGUCUAAAGUACCGGAAAGAUUAAGUCCAGUGACAUAGAACUGCGCUCGACCUUCCAGUUCCCGCUGGAUUUCGUCUUCUACAUAAAAGCUCAAUAAAAAUAUAUCAUAUUUUUAAACUCCAUUGUUGAUUUUAAUAGCAAACAACUCUUACUACACGCACCGCAACAGACUUUUAAAAAUGGUGGUUUUAAAAAUGCGUGAAGUCAACCAAUCAAAAUCCUGCAUGAACUCAAUCAAUUAGCAUGUUCAAUGCCCAAUGCCAAAGUUCCUGAACUUUGAAAAAGUACUACCUUGCUAGCAGGGACUUUCUGAGGGGCGAAUUUUAACUCGGCACUUCAUUUAGACCCUGGUCCCUGCAGUCGUAACUCACUGAGAACCACCCCAAAGUCCCGUAGUUCCUGCGGUGGAAACAUGGCUUUGCUUUGCGACCAUUAAAAAAGUAUGUUCUAGUAUGAAUGUGUGUAGUAUGAAUAAAAUUCGAAAUGAAUGAAAUAUGACCAACGAUGUCAGUUGUUUCGCUUCACUGCCAUUGAUAAAUCCUCUCCUCUGGACUCAUGGGAUAGUAAAAGGGAUGGUAAUAGACCAUUGGUUGUGAGAGUCUUAGUGGAAGUAGAAGAUCUUUAGGGUACUUUUCACCUAAUGAUUUUCAAAUACCAUGUAUUCGGACAUACUGCUCUGUUGGUGAAUUGUUUUUCGCAUACUGUUCUAUAUAGUAGGGAAUUAUUCAAUUUCGGAUGCAGUACAUGGUGAAUAUGUUCAUACUACACAUUCAUACUACAUAGAAUGUACUUUUUUAAUAAUCAUGAAGAGUUUACUUAUUCAAAAGUAGUACCUACUCACUCAGAGAGUAUGUGAUUUCGGGGACAGCCAUUAUUUUUGCUGCAAAAAUUACACCGUUCACUUUUAACUUAAAGGGUGCUAUCACUGUGGUAACAAAUUGUCUUUAAAUCCUUUAAAUGUACACCAACAUUGGAAGAUUUUGGAACGGCAUGGGAUUCCCAUGUGUUAUAGGGCUAAUCAUCUCAAAUACGUGUCAUGUUAGUCAAAAGAUGCUCAUUACGUGUAUUUUUAUGUCUUUUUAGGUUGUGUAUGACUUAAGGAAGUAAGUUAAGGAAAACGGUUUCAUUCGCAGUGAGGUUUGUUAUAAAAUCAGUAUUUCUUACUUACAAAAAUAUCAUGCAUGAGAAUCUUUGUUGAAAUGAUAAUGAUAAUGUGAUUAAGUCUUAUCAACCUUGAAACAAUGCAACCAUUGAGAACCUUCAACUGUUUGGUGAGUGAUGAUUUUGUAGGUAAAACUAAAUAAAAAAAAAAUUAUAGUUCCAGAAUGGUCACAUUUAAACUUUUAAAACAUUUUAAAAACUGCCGCAAUUUAGGUGACAGCCUUGCACAUAUAUUCCCUUACUGUUACAAACUUGUACUGUUUUUAAAGCAGUUGAUGAGUGUAAUUUGCAUAAAGCCUCAAGUUUAUUGAAGUAUUGUGUUCACGAGAGGUGGACAAUACUGUGUGAAUGAAAACAGUGUUACUGACGACAUAUCUGCUCAACUUUGAUUUGUGUCUUCCCAACUGCACUGCAUUCUCAACUGGGCUUCUAAAGAUAACGGUUCUUUAUUGGAAUUGAUGGUUCCAUUAAGAAACUUUAACAUCCAUGGAACCUUUCCAUUCCAAAAAAGAUUCUUUAUAAAAGGUUCUUCAGAUUAUUAAAACGGUCUUCACACUUCACAAUUCUUUUAAGAACUGUUUACUGAAAGGUUCUAUGGGGAACCAAAAAAUGGUUCUUCUAUGGCAUCACUGCAAAGUCCCUGGGAUUGUAGAAAGUGCUAACCAUAAUGUAAUUGUAGCUGAUUUACGGCUGGAAUACACCGCGUGACUUUUGUACAGAUUUGUGCCACGAUUUUUUAGUCUGGACAAGUCAACGUUAGCUGCUGAAAGUCAAAGCCAGUCUCCAGACGUUUAAUUCUCUCCCACUGGAGCACGUUGGAUUUUGCAGAAAAGUGUGUUGUGUAGAGACUCUGAUGUUUUUAAGCUUGAGACUCUGAUUCCAUCCUGUUGGAGGAAGUAAAACAUGUCUUAUAUUUUGAGCCCAUCAUUAAAAAAAAAACAAAUUGUUUUCAUUUGUUUCAAGGCUAAUGUUUCUUGUUUGUUGUGUUCAGAACGAUUUGAAUGUCUGGUAGUGUAUGAUCCUCAGUCGUUUAGUGUAUGAUGCCCAGUUUUCUCUUUAACCAUUUACAAAGUCAGCAAUGAUGCCUAAUGUUUUAAAGUCUGUUCAUAUUUUAAAAGUCCUAUAGGGUAUUAAAGCUUUUUUUCCCCCAACUUCAUCUGUACAUACUUCUCAACAGGGUUAAAAAAGGUUCUUUCAUUCUAACCAAUACAGUGUGUAUAUGAAUGUACAGUUUGCUUUGAUUUGAUUUUCUAAUUAAUAAAGUACCUUCAUAUUGUGAGUAA